GUUACCUUGAUAGUGAGAACUGACCAAUCAGAUUGCGUGUCGUAAGACCUACUCAGCCAGUACUAAUCUGAACUGUGACGACAUCAUAUCCCGCGUAUCGACAUCAUAGUGCAGAACCAAUCAGUGACCUGGACAAUCGAAGGGAGAGUGGGUUGCCCUUUGUUUUGCCUAUCUUCAGGACUCCGAGGAAGUUGCCUUGGUUCUCCUCGCCUGGUACCACACCCUCCCCUUGGUCCAUCACCAUGACAACCACCAAUUUCAGGUAAUGUACUCGUGUUCUGGUGACAAGGAGAAACAGACCGUCAAUUACUCCCUCCUGGUUCGUUUCCAUGUCGACGACCUCGUGGAUAACACGUCCGUGGACGUCUCCGAAGAAAACGUGGUCGUCGUGGUAACAAAAGCUGCCGACAACCAGAGGGAGUGGGCGUGGUUUGAGGCUGGUGUCAACUCCCAAUCUACUCGGAGGAAGAUGUUUCUGACAGAGGAGGGCGUGGCGAGUGGUGAGGAGGAAAUGAGACGAGACUGCGACCCUUGGAGGUCUGGUUCAGAGUUCUCAGAGGUCAAAGUCUCCUCGUCCUCAGACAAAGAGUUGGUGCUGGAACUGAAGAAGACGGGUCAAGGUUCAGAACGUGGUGCUGAGGAACGGAAUGGAGACACUGUGGAUCGGAACAGAGACAGGACUGAAGAUAAGGCAGAGGAGUCGCCAGCUACUGGGAGUGAUCAGAAUGGAGACUGUGUUAGAGAAACUGAGAUCAAACGUGGACAUGAGACUCGUGAUAUUCAUCUCACCAACGACUUACUCUUUAAUCUCGAUUGAUUAUGAUCACACUUGCCCCAUAUAGUACCUCUGCAGUGCAUGGGAGAGUUUAUAGUGCAGAUAGG